UGAGUACAGAAGAUCAUGGAGAUGUGGCUGCACCUCAGCAACAUCAGUAAAACCUCAUGGCAUCCGAUUUCUGGGCUGGCUACCUCAGCGGGGCCAUUGGAAUUGUCAUCGGGAACCCAUUAGAUGUGAUUAAGGUUCGGUUACAAGCCGGUCACAACUCUGCAGGUGCAGCUGCGGCUGCAGCAUCGCAGCAACGCCUUAGCCGCUUCGAACUUGUGCGAGGAGUUACAGCUCCUAUCCUUGGAUAUGGGGCCCUCAACGCUAUUCUUUUCGUCGCCUAUAACCGGUCGUUGAAGUUUAUGGAUAGCUCAAUCGCAGACCUUACAAAUCCCCUGGAAGUUCCUCUCUACAAACUCUGGAUUGCCGGUGCUGUGGGCGGCCUGGCUAGCUGGACUAUAUCGUCCCCGACAGAAUAUAUAAAAUGUCGAGCCCAAUUAGAUAAUCGGCCCGAAGUCUCGUCGUGGACCGUUGCGAAAGACAUUGUUCGGACUCGUGGCUGGAGGGGUCUCUAUUACGGAGGAGGGAUUACUAGUGCCAGAGAUUCUAUUGGUUAUGGAUUUUAUUUCUGGUCCUACGAGUAUUGCAAACGACUUUUGACCUCUAAAGACGAUGAUGUUCAUCAAGCCGCGAUGAAAGUGCUUCUCUGUGGAGGCAUUGCUGGUGUCGCUACCUGGGCGUCGGUUUUCCCACUGGACGUGAUCAAAACCAGACUACAAGCGCAAACUAGCGGGAUAUGUCCUGAGGGUUGGCCGCUUCUGUCAUCGCAGAGCAACAAGCGGGAACUGAACACCUUCCAGAUUGCCAAGGAAGCAUACCGGAACGAGGGCAUGAAAGUCUUCUAUCGCGGGCUGGGGGUUUGCAGUAUCAGAGCAUUCAUAGUUAAUGCGGUUCAGUGGGCCACGUAUGAAUGGCUUAUGAAAGCCUUCAAUAAUGUUGCAUGGAAUAAAAACCUCAUGCCCGAAAAUGCUUAGGCACACAUAGAUGAGUUGUACUUUGUACUCGUAUUGUAUUUAUAGCCAAAACAAAUUAUUUCGAUCCAUUUCAAUCAUACUCUGUACGGCUUUGUAUUGCAGCUAGUAACUAAAUUUCGUCUUAAGGAGAAAAGCGCCGGACAAAGGAGAUGGAACAAAGCCAUACAAUAUCCGAAAUGCGGCAAUUUGUGCCGUCGCCGCACACCGGAAGAACCGCACUCGGUAAGACAAGCUCCAAGAUUGCGACCAUCGGCA